AUACGUUAGGAGUUGACCCGGACCGCCUUCUAUCUUUUUCUGCAGCUGCUGGUCAGUUUUGCUGUUGUUCUUUCGUCCGUAAUCGUAAAAAAAAAAACUCUCAAGCAAAGUCUUGCUAUUUGCAAGCAAUAUCGGUGAGGGAAUGGGUUGGCUGAUAACCUUAACUGCGUGUCUCCUAUUCAAGCCCAAACCAAUCAAGUCAUAUUAUGGAGUGCCGCCGAUCUGCCGAGAGGAAGCUUGCGUCCAAUCCCGAAUUACCUUUACUGGGUAAGUCAAUAGUUUUACUGCGAGAUAGCAUUUUAGCUAUAUUACUUCUUACUGAUAUACUCUUCUACGUUCGCAUUUACAUUCAUUUUUUGACGAUUGCCUUUCAAAACACCUAUAUCUCCACUAUCUUAUCUGCUCUGUGCUCUGUUAUCGUGAUCUUAAAUUUAUUUUUUGUAUUGGCGCAAAAUAAUUGUUAAUAAACAGUAUUCGUAGCUCUAACAGUUA